CUGGUCUGAUAGGGCGUUGAUGGUCUUGUAGGGCGUGGAAUCUAUCUUGAUUACGUUUUGAAUCUCCUUGUCAACAUUUCAUGGAUAUAUAUAAACACACUAUUCUGUCAUCGAACUUGACUCGUUAGGCCCUUAUCGACUAGUUCUUACAACAAUGCCUGGUAGUUUUAGUAUCAACAAUGCGCGUAAGCGCUUCCCCGCUCUGCAGCAAGAUCAGGUGUUCCUAGAUAACGCGGGUGGGAGUCAAGCACUUGGAGAUGUGGUCGAUGCGAUUACGCAAUAUUUGUCCAAGACGAAUGUUCAACUCGGUGCCAGCUACCACACGGGAACAAUCUCGAAUACAAAGUACGAGCAAGGCUACCAAGCCGCCGCAAAAUACAUCAACGCAGGUCGAGAUGAGAUUGUCCUCGGCGCAUCGACAACACAGCUGUUCAUGAAUCUUGGAGGUGCUCUGAAAUUCAACGAGGGCGAUGAGAUCAUUCUCUCCAAAGCCGAGCAUGAAACGAACGUCAAGCCAUGGUUGCAUAUGGCCGACCGCUUGAAACUAUCAGUCAAGUGGUGGGUACCCGACAAAAAUGAGUUGAAGCUCACUCCAGACAACUUGAAGCCGCUUCUGUCCGAUAAGACGAAGUUCGUCUCAUGCACUCAUGUUUCCAAUAUCCUUGGAUCAAUUCACGAUAUCAAGUCAAUUGCAGACACAGUACAUUCUGUGGGCGCGCUAUUUUGCGUGGAUGGCGUCUCAUUUGCACCACAUCGUCAGGUUGACGUCAAGGCUUUCGGGGUGGACUUCUAUGCUUUCUCAUGGUACAAGGUAUAUGGACCACAUAUUUCCGUCCUAUACGCGAAGAAAGCAGCCCAGGCGAAUAUCAAGCCUCAGAAUCAUUACUUCAACCCCACCGAGACCCUAGAAGACAAACUCGGUUUCGCUGCCUCCAACUACGAAGCCACCCAGUCGAUUCCUUCGAUUGUAUCCUAUCUUGGCGGAGACAACCCUGGGCCUGUCUUCGCUGCCAUCGCUGAACACGAAGGCAAGCUCCAGAAAACCCUACUCGACUUCUUGACAUCCAGAGAUGAUAUCACCGUCCACGGCUCCACGUCCUCUGACUCGAGCAUCAGGGUGCCGACAAUAUCAUUUACGGUGAAGGGUAAGAACUCGAGGGCUAUUGUCGAGGAGGCGGACAAGAUUUCGAACUUCGGGUUCAGGUGGGGACACUUCUAUUCAAAGAGGCUUUGCGACGAGGUUCUGGGCCUGGGACCAGAGGCGGUAGUGAGAGUGAGCAUGGUUCAUUACAACACCGAAGAAGAGGUCAAAGGGUUGGUUGAGGUGUUGGAUAAGAUCUUGUCAAAGUAGGCUCAGAAUUGCCAACGACACGGGUUGGUGGUGUGAUCCUAACCCGGAUGCUGUCCAAUGGAUAGAGACUUAAUUCAGGUCCAUAAUUUGUUCGUAAACGUUUGCGUCACUAGAUCUCAAUGAACUUUGGGCCCCGUCCGCGCAGCCAAAUUAUGAGGAG